AGUAUGUACAUGUAAUAAUGUCAUACUUCAACUUUCAAAUAAAAUGUAAUUUUGUAUGAUCAAAAAAGGUUUAGUAUUAUUAAUGUCAACAUUUCGUUUAAUAUCAUAGGAUUAUAAUGGAAGCUAUAUCUGAUGUGUCUAGGGCAUCUCAAAUAAAAAGUUCUGUUCCAAUUCGAAGCCCUUUACCAGACCCCUUCGAUGUGGACAAACUGUUUGGGUUUAAAGACGAAUCACAAGGAAAUAAUCUGGAAGAAGGUGUCAUAGACCUACGAUAUUUCGACCGAAAUAAGAUUUUUAUCAACCAAAUCGAUUCAUUCAUCGGAAAAUAUCUUGUUUCGGUUCUAUCUCGUAAACAGUUGGAAAUCAAUGAAGAUGAUAAAAAAUUUGGACAGGAAAAUGUUUAUUGCCGACGAACCGAAAGAUGCUCCAACUUAUGA